GAGUCUCGCCUAGACGCGACAGAUGGAGACAGGCGGACUGUUGGGUCUUGUCACCGAGCUGAAUUAUACCUGCUGAGGCAUUUUUUUUUAGUAACAUAUUUUUUUAUUUAUAUCGGGUUAGUGUUUCAUGGAGUCUGGUUGUUUCACGGCGGCGCAGCGUUUUUCCUGCCACGGCAUCAUGAAUGCGGAUUUAUGCAAGCCCGCUCCGGAGCGUGGACAGCAGCAGUCCUUUAAUUGCAACUCGGCUCCGGCGAAAAACAGCAGGAACAAACCGGAACAAAGCAAACCGGAGAUGGCUCAGGCGGUGACGGACCCGAAAACGGGAAAAUCCUACAGUAAAGGGAAGCUUCUGGGAAAGGGUGGAUUUGCUCGAUGCUAUGAGAUGACUGACCUUUCCAACAACAAAAUGUAUGCUGUGAAGGUGAUCCCUCAGAGCAGGGUCUCCAAACCACAUCAGAGGGACAAGAUUACAAACGAGAUCGAGCUGCACAGAACCCUGUCUCACAAGCAUGUGGUGAAAUUUUCUCAUUAUUUCGAAGACCAAGAAAACAUCUACAUCUUCCUGGAGCUCUGCAGUCGGAAGUCCUUGGCACACAUUUGGAAGGCAAGGCACACGCUGACCGAGCCGGAGGUGCGAUAUUACCUCAAACAGAUCAUAUCCGGCCUCAAGUACCUCCACAGCAGGGGCAUUCUCCACCGAGAUCUCAAGCUUGGGAACUUCUUUGUCAACGAGAACAUGGAGCUACGGCUGGGAGACUUCGGCCUUGCAGCCAAGUUGGAGACGGUCGAGCAAAGAAAAAAAACAAUUUGUGGCACUCCUAACUACUUGGCCCCGGAGGUGCUCAACAGGCAGGGUCACGGCACAGAGUCAGAUGUCUGGUCACUCGGAUGCGUCAUGUACACGCUGAUGUGUGGCAACCCUCCGUUUGAGACUCUUGACCUGAAAGAGACGUACAAGUGUAUAAAGGAAGUUCGGUACAACCUGCCCUCCACAAUCUCGCCCUCUGCUCAGAAACUCAUCUCGUCCAUCCUACAGAAAAGUCCCGGCGACAGACUCACUCUGGAACAAAUCCUCAACCACGAGUUCUUCAAAGGUUUCACUCCUGACAAACUCCCUCCCAGCAGCUGCGUGAUGGUGCCAGAGCUCUAUCCUCCAAGCCCUGCCAAAAAAUUCUUCACCAAAGUGGCCAAGAGCCUCUUUGGCAAGAAAAAAGCUAAAGUGGAAAAGAUGCCAUGUGAGGAAAAAGAUGACAAAGACAUUUCCAAGCUGGUGUCCGGCAUCGUUAAGUGUUCCAUCAACCGGCAGAUAAGCUACAAAACCGUGGGACCCAACGAGGUGCCGUCUCCCUCCGGUCAGCUGGUCAGCACCGUGCCGCUGGAACAGACGCCAGCUGAGGAGGAAUCCAGGAAGUCCAUCUCUCGCUCCUUCAAAGGCACCAUGGCUAGCAGCUCUGAACCGUGUGAGGAUGUCCUGACUCCCACAGCCAUUGCAGAAGCUGCAAUGAAAGUCCUGAAAAACUGCCUGGCCAACAUGCCUGCAGCUAAUAGAAACCCACCCUGCCUGUCCCGGCCUCAGUCAUUUCUGUGGGUCACCAAAUGGGUCGACUACUCGAACAAAUACGGCUUCGGCUACCAGCUCUCGAACAAAAGCAUCGGUGUGCUCUUCAACGAGGGAACACAUCUCAGUCUCUGUGACCAACGCAAAAAAGUUCACUACUGCUUGACCAACAACAAACACUUCACUUUCCCAACCCACUCGCUGCCCGAGCAGCUCCGCAGUCAGAAACAGAUCGUUGAACUCAUGGCGAACUACAUGGAGCAGAACCUUAUGGAGGGUGGAGAUCUGCACUGUGAGGAACAGGUGUCUGGUUCUCCUCCUCUUCUCCUUCAGUGGGUGAAGACCGAUCACGCUCUUGUCAUGCUCUUCAACAACGGAACUCUACAGGUUAACUUCUACACGGACCAUACAAAGAUCAUCCUGUGCAAGUCCUCUGACGACUCCUACCUGCUGACCUACAUCACCCGUGAGCGCGUCUCCUACACAUACCUCCUCAGCAUGCUGAACGAGAUGGGCUGCACGUCCGAGCUUCGUCAUCGACUCAAAUAUGUGGUCCAGCUGCUCCAGCACCACUCGGAUGCCUGAGAAGGACUGCUCUGUGCCUCUCAUAGUGGCAACAGAAGUGGACGGACUGGUUCUGAAAACUGUUUCCUUUUCUCGGCCUGACUGGUUGAUUGCUGAAGGCGGUGCAGAGGGCGGGUGUUGUCUCAUGACUGAUGAAAAGCUGCUCAACUCAACUGAGUGAUAUAAUCGUUACUGGAUGAUUAGUUUGAUCUUGACGAGUGUGGAGCGGUCCUGAAGUUUCCCCAAAGAAGCAGCUGCCUCGAGGGUUUGUGCCUACCCAGCUUUUGCCUCAAAGGUGUCCACCUGGAGGGGUUUUGAUACCUUGUUUGAAAUGAUGGAUCCCCGGAGUGGACACUUCCUGUUUUUUUUUUUUUGUUUUGUUUUUGUUUUUUUUCCACAUGAACUCACAAACCCACGGCUGUUUGGGUGAAUCUUUGAAAGCCAAUGACCCUGCAGCUAAUCGACUGUGCAGGCACGGCUUCUCAAAGUUGUCUAAACACUAAGUCUGUUCAGAAAUGCAACGUAACAGAACGGUGUUGAAUUUGUGGUUGAAAUGCAGUUUAGGCUCACUUUUCCAAAAGGAUUUUGGCAGCAAGAUCUUCCUCUUUGUAGACUGCAACUGUGAUAAUUUAGCCGAGCUGCUUUCGGAUUCGAGACCAGUUUAACUUGGGGAAAGAACCUCCUACCCUCAGUUACUUCCUGGCUUUUCCUUGAACCAUGGUACACACAUUCCCCCCUUUUCUUAAAGCUGAGCCAGCUAUCAAUCACUUUUUUUAGACCUUGACCUCACAUGCACAAAAACAUUUCUGGCCUUUUUUCAUACCAGUGUUAAAGCUUCAAGAGUUGUUGCUUUUUCUGUUUUAUUGUCACGUAUUUUAUUUGAUGUAAAUGUCACUAAUGCGUUACGUGGACUGUGGGAGCAACACAGAUUUGCACUUUUUUUAAAUUCUUAAGUUUUGCCAUUAAAACCAUUUAAUACAAUCACUUGAUUAAAUUUUAUUUGUUUUUAAACUAUAGAUAGAAAAGUUUUGGUUUUAACAGUUUUAACUUCACAAACCGUGUAUCUGUUUAACACUCGUGCCAGUAAAUGACCCGCUGGUUAGAAACUGAGGGUUGGGAGGAGGGAUUAAAGUGCCUUUUUGAGGGAUGUCUGUAUAGUGCAAUAAUGACCUGUUGAUGAAUGUCAAGCUGGCUGCGAAACUAGACUUGAGAUGGGUUUUACUGGCGGAUUUAACUUUUGUACUUUGAGCCCGGUUUAAAAGUAAAUCCGGUAGCACUACACUCACUACCUGAUAUAAGCUUUUAGAACGGUUUAUUAUAGAAGUGUAUAACCCAGUAAAAAAACAUUGUACUCCGUUGUACUGUACUGUAAUCCUUAUCGGUUUGCAUUGCUUUCUCGAUCCAGAGUUGUAUCCUUAAAACUGUGACCUGGAAUGCAAGUAUUUUACGUACACGUGUUUCCAAAAUAUUCAGCAUUGUGAAAGCCAUCUGCCAAUUCAAAAGAAUCUUUAUUUUUUUGUGGCACAUAAUGUCUUUAUUUAUUUUAUUAUUUAUAACAUUCUCUCUUUUUUUUUUUUUAUUGUCUAAAUGUUGCGGUCUUGACACAAAAGAUAUGUUCAAUUCCGAUCACUUGUUUUGUAUGAUGUGAUGCAUUUUGGGGGGCAAAUGGGGACAAAAUAAAGUUUAUUGAAAAUGA